AGCCGGUGUGAAUCCAGCCAGUGAGCGCGUGCUGCGGACUGCCCUGUCUCUGCCUGCCUUCGUGCUCUCUCAUUCUGCCGAGCCUCCUGCUUUGCCGCCGUUACUGCUUUCCUCUCUAUCUGACUCACUCCCCCCCAUCUUCAUCUGUCUGCAAACAUGGCCGAGGCUUUUGUGGGAACGUGGAACAUGAAGGAGAGUGAGAAGUUCGACGAGUACAUGAAGGCUUUGGGGGUGGGAUUUGCCACGCGUAAAGUAGGGAACCUGACCAAACCCACCACCAUCAUCUCCAUGGACGGGGACAGGGUUACUGUGAAGACCCAAAGCACCAUCAAGAACACAGAGCUCACUUUCAAGCUGGGGGAGGAGUUUGACGAGACCACUGCAGACGACAGGAAGGUUAAGUCCAUUGUGACAUUAGAAGAUGGCAAGCUGGUUCACGUGCAGAAAUGGGACGGCAAAGAGACCAGUCUGGUCCGGGAGGUCAACGGAAACAAUCUCACGCUGACUCUCACAAUGGGAGACGUAGUUUGCACACGUCGCUACGAGAAGGCAGAGUGAACCCAGUUCCCCGGGCACCCACAGAAGCACUCGCAUCCGCCCCAAAAAACUCCCUCCUGCCUCCUAAAAGGCCAAAAACGCCCCUACACUAGAAUGGCUGCUCGUUUUUUCUUACUGUACGCUCAGUAUUAACUGCUGACUGUGAUGUCCCUAUUCUGGUUUGUUAUUUCUUUUACUUUAAGAACCACUUAAUAAAUUCCAAUGAGUUUAUUUUGUUGUUUUUUUCUCAAUAAAUGAAAAAAAAAAAACAUUUGAGAAUGGUGCAUAAAUACCUUUGGAAAGUGUUAAAAUUUGAAUGCUACUAAAUAAAAGUAUCCAAAACUGA